AUGGCGCGGGGAGCGACGGACAGUGACAGGGGGGAGGAAGAGAGCCGCGCGGAAGGCAUUGAUGACCAAGUCGCUGAACGCGCGGAGGAGGAAGUCGCAGGCGACGACGACGACGACGUGAGCGACAGUGGCGACGACGUGGUGCUGCUAGGGUUCGUGCAAAAGCCGUCGCACGACUGGUCGCUCGAACGCCAUCGCUUCCCGAGCAAAGUCGGGGGCGCGCCGGUGAUGUCUCGGCGCCAGCAGCACCUGUCGCACCUUGCUCGGCCUGUUGGCUCCAGUCCGCGCUCGUGGUCGUUCCGUGCCUUCCCUGCCUCUCGGUUGCAGCCCAUCCAACGCGAAAGGAUGCCUUGCCAUGUGGAGGCAUGUGAUACAACGUGGAGUCAUGUGAUGGCAUGUGAUGGGCAGAUGGAGAGGCAUGCGAUGGUGUAUGGAGAGGCAUGUAUGGAUCCUGACAACAUCUCAUGCCGUCCAUCUCAUGCCGUCCAUCUCAUGCCGUCCAUCUCAUGCCGUCCAUCUCAUGCCGUCCAUCUCAUGCCGUCCAUCUCAUGCCGUCCAUCUCAUGCCGUCCAUCUCAUGCCGUCCAUCUCAUGCCGCCCAUCUCAUGCCGUCCAUCUCAUGCCGUCCAUCUUAUGCUGUCCAUCUUAUGCCGUCCAUCUUAUGCUGGCAUGUCCUGUGCUGUGCCCCCAUCCCCCCCCUCCACCAGGCGUACCUGGACCCGCUCAACGUGCCGUGUACGCGCCAGUGGACAGCGAGCCCUCUGCCUUCCACCGCACGCUCUUCCUCUUCGCCUGCCGCCACCUGCACUGCCUCACCCGCCACCACCAGGAGCAGCAGCAGGCAGAGGUGGCCGACGGCAGAGCAAGGGAAAGGAGACGAAGUGUGUGUGCACUGCGCACCCAGCUGCCGCGCGCCAACCCCUUCUACGCCUUCACCCCGCCCCCCCGGAUGCACCUGGGACACCACUCUCCCACCAAGGUCACUCCUCCCCCUCAUCUCCCGCCAGUAACCCUGCAGCAACGCUCACCUUCAGCCAUGAUCCCGGUCAUCUGCCCUCCCCAUCAUCUGCCCUCCCCAUCAUCUGCCCUCCCCAUCAUCUGCCCUCCCCAUCAUCUCCCCUCCCCAUCAUCUCCCCUCCCCAUCAUCUCCCCUCGUGGCUCAAGUCCCUUCCUCCCUCUCUCCACCCGCAGUGCCCAUGUGCGCGUGGUGUGGCACGUGGAGGGGCAGCAAGCGCUGUGGGGGGUGCAGGCAGGUGGCCUACUGCAGCAAGGACCACCAGCAGCGAGGAUACCUUCCGCGUCAGCAGAUGCUGAGUCAGCAGGGGGCGCAGGGAAUGACGUGUCAGCAGCGGAUUGGAGAGUGACGGUGCUGGACAGGGGAGGGUGGAAGGAGUGGGAGAUGGUGGUGGAGGAGGAGCCAGAGGAGGGUGAGGAGGGCGAGGAGGGUGAGAACAGAGAGGAGGCAGGGAGAGAGGGGGGGAGUGAAGGGGAAAAGGGGCCUGGGGCGGGGGCCGGGGGGGCGGAGGUGCGGCGGCUAAUGAGGGAGUAUCGGGAGCGCACCAGGGCGGAGGGGCCCAUUGCUGCGAGCGAGCUGGAGGGCUUCGGAGAUGGGGCGGAUGCAGAGAAGAAGCAAUGGGCCGCUUUCCAGGCUGUGAUUGCCAAGGCACCUGAACAAAGUGAUCAGGUGAUUGCCAAGGCCCCCUGA